AUGCGAUGUAAAACUGUCUUUUUGACAUUUGUUAUUCAAAUAUAUUUUGUUUGUUGUCAAGAGUUGGUCUUGCCAGUCUUCUCAUAUGGAUCAGCGGUCGGUUGGUUGUCUCCAAUGGGACCACGACUCAUGUCAGAAGAUGGACCGGCACCGGAACCAGUACAUCCCGAUGUUAUCUCCUGGAUGGCAUCAGUACCUUACUUAGUUGGGACGCCAGGGGUGUUCCUCUUUGGAUUUAUUGUAGAUAAUUUUGGACGGAAAAAGGCGUUGAUGACCACGUCUUUGUCAAUGGCUAUCUGCUGGAGCCUCAAGCUGUACUCCACGGAAACAUGGGCGUUGAUAACAGCAAGGGCUAUUGUUGGACUUGGGGUUGCGGGUUCCUACGUGGUGACACCACUGUACAUUAAAGAAACCAGCGAAGACUCUAUCCGUGGUACUCUUGGAAGCCUCGUGGUACUAUCGCAAAAUCUGGGGAAUCUCAUCGUGUAUAUAUUGGGAGAAUAUUUGUGCUACCACGCCAUUUUGUGGAUAUGCCUGGCUGUGCCGUUGAUUCAUCUGCUCGUGUUUCCCGCGAUGCCUGAGACACCGUCGUAUUUGCUGAAGACUGGGAAGGUUGAGGAGGCACGCGAUGCUUUAGCCUGGCUGCGGUGUCGACAAGUGACAGAUGCGUCAAUUGAGAGCGAAUUGCAGUUACUACUCAUGGAGUUGGAGCAGAGUAAAUCAGAAGGAUUUUUCAAAGCAAUCAAAACAUUGGUCUCCGACAAAUCCACAUUCCGCGCAUUUCGUAUAACCUUAAUAAUAACACUUGCGCGUGAGUUGUGCGGAUGUCUCGCCGUAUUACACUUUGCGUCAAUGAUCUUCAACGAUGCCAGUGCUGAUUGGGUGCUGACUGCGAACCAGCAGGCAGCUGUACUAGGAGCUGUUCAGCUAGUUGGCUCAUGUACUGCAUCUGGCCUGGUUGAGAAGACUGGAAGGAAGCCGCUACUAGGAACAACGUGUCUUGUAUCUGGAAUCGCACUGACCAUUCUCGGAGCAUGCUUCUGGUUCGGCAGCAGUAAUUUUGCGUGGUUGCCCAUUUGUGCCCUGUGUCUUUGUAUUUAUUGCGACGCUGCCGGCCUACAACCGGUGCCUUUCGUUAUUAUGACUGAGAUGUUCUCUUUUCAGCACCGUGGAACUGUGACUUCUAUAGUGAUAGCAUUCGCCUGCACACUUGUGUCAAUAGAGUUGCGGGUCUUCCAUCCGCUAGCGACAUCUGUUGGUCUGUACUUAAUAUUCUGGAUCUUCGCCGGCGUCUGUCUUGUAAGUACAGUGUACAUUUUCUGUUAUGUGCCAGAGACAAAAAUGAAGACGAUCGAAGAGAUCUAUGAAGGGUUCGGGAAGAAAAAAGAUGAAGAAGCCGCUUCAACUAGAUUGUAA